GCGCUGUGAGCAUGCCCCCUUCAGGCCGCUCUAGCCGCCCUUCUCGCCUGCUCUGCUGGGAGGCGGGCUCACCCGCGGGGGUCCCUCCAAGAUGGCGGCGCAGAGGAGGAGCCUGCUGCAGAGUGAGCAGCAGCCAAGCUGGACAGACGACCUGCCGCUCUGCCACCUCUCUGGGGUUGGUUCAGCCUCCAACCGCAGCUACUCUGCUGAUGGCAAGGGCACCGAGAGCCACCCACCGGAGGACAGCUGGCUCAAGUUCAGGAGUGAGAACAACUGCUUCCUGUACGGGGUCUUCAACGGCUAUGAUGGCAACCGGGUGACCAGCUUCGUGGCCCAGCGGCUGUCUGCAGAGCUCCUGCUGGGCCAGCUCAGCGCGGAGCACACCGAGGCGGACGUGCGGCGUGUGCUGCUGCAGGCCUUUGAUGUGGUGGAGCGGAGCUUCCUGGAGUCCAUCGAUGACGCAUUGGCUGAGAAGGCCAGCCUCCAGUCCCAGCUGCCAGAGGGUGUCCCUCAGCACCAGCUGCUUCCUCAGUACCAGAAGAUCCUCGAAAGACUCAAGGCACUGGAGAGGGAGAUUUCGGGAGGAGCCAUGGCUGUUGUGGCGGUCCUUCUCAACAACAGGCUCUAUGUCGCCAAUGUCGGAUUUCCUUGUGUGAGAUGCCUACUUUUCUCUCUCUGCUCAACGUGUCCUGCCCCUCCCUGUACCCAGACUUUGCUCAGCCGCUCAAAUUCUGCUGCAGGUACGAACCGUGCCCUUUUAUGCAAAUCCACGGUGGACGGGCUGCAGGUGACCCAGCUGAACGUGGACCACACCACGGAGAACGAGGACGAGCUCUUCCGCCUCUCUCAGCUGGGUUUGGAUGCAGGAAAGAUCAAGCAAGUGGGGGUCAUCUGUGGGCAGGAGAGCACCAGGCGCAUCGGGGAUUACAAGGUCAAGUACGGCUACACUGACAUCGACCUACUGAGUGCUGCCAAGUCCAAGCCUAUCAUUGCAGAACCCGAGAUCCACGGUGCACAGCCCCUGGAGGGGGUGACCGGCUUCCUGGUGCUGAUGUCGGAGGGGCUGUACAAGGCCCUGGAGGCAGCCCACGGGCCUGGGCAGGCCAACCAGGAGAUCGCCGCCAUGAUCGACACUGAGUUCGCCAAGCAGACUUCCCUGGAUGCGGUGGCCCAGGCCGUGGUGGACCGGGUGAAGCGCAUCCAUGGUGACACCUUUGCCAGUGGCGGGGAGCGUGCCAAGUUCUGCCCCAGGCACGAGGACAUGACCUUGCUGGUGAGGAACUUCGGCUACCCGCUAGGCGAGAUGAGCCAGCCCGCAGCGUCCCCGGCCCCAGCUACAGGAGGCCGCGUGUAUCCCGUGUCCGUGCCGUACUCCAGCGCCCAGAGCACCAGCAAGACCAGCGUGACCCUCUCCCUCGUCAUGCCCUCCCAAGGCCAGCUGGUCAAUGGGGCCCACAGCGCCUCCACCCUGGAUGAGGCCACCCCCACCCUCACCAACCAGAGCCCGACCCUGACCCUGCAGUCCACCAACACGCACACCCAGAGCAGCAGCUCCAGCUCAGACGGGGGCCUCUUCCGCUCCCGGCCUGCCCACUCGCUCCCGCCCGGGGAGGAUGGCCGGGUCGAGCCCUACGUGGACUUUGCCGAGUUUUACCGUCUCUGGAGCGUGGACCAUGGCGAGCAGAGUGUGAUGACGGCGCCAUAGCCCUGACCGGGGAAUGUGGCCCAAGCAGGACCUUGCAUGGGGACAAGGGGGCCCAGCUCUGGGGCGGGAUGGUCCUUUUCCUACCACUUGCCUGUGCCCGUGGGGGCCGGUGUGCCCGGUCCUGAGCCUACACCAUACUCUCAGCCCACAGUGCUUGGUGCUGCAGAGAACAUUCUCUGAGAGAGCACCAGUGCAGACUUGUCACCGCACAGAGGGCCGGAGGCCACUUCUCGGGCAGACUCAGGACCACUGCGGUUUCAGAACACUGGCUCAGUGGCCCGCAAGCCCGCCACUUGGGACGGAGCGUGGGGAGUUCUCCUGCGACCCUGCAUGCCACGAGCCCAGCAGCCACGGCUUUCUCAAGGCCACCACCUUCCCCUGGAAGAGCCCGUGGCCACUGCGACUGCCCCCUCACCAGUGGGCGGUGUCCCCCCCCCCCCUUUCUUCUUCAGCCUCCAGCGUGGAACCCUGGUUGGCAUCUGCACCUUCAAAGCCUGCCCCCAUCCCUGGGCCUGCCCGGGUGGUUUUCAGUGGCAAAUGUUUGGGGAGACCAGGGGAAGUGCCGGGAGCCUGGGGUGGCCUGCACAGGGGCAGGUCUGGCGGAAAGGAACGAGAGGGAACUGAUCCAACAGGAGCCCCCCAGAGGGGGCAGGAUGCGCGCAGACCGAGCAGGGACGGUGGCCGCUCUCGCCAGGCCCCUCCAGGAACGGGGAGGCCCUGGGUCGGGGUGAGCUGGCUCUGCUGUCUCCCUUCCCGGGCCGAGGAAGGCCCUGGACUGGGGAGCUGCUAAAAUUAGCCGGCUUUACCGCCAACGACAAGUUCUAUCGGCUGUAAGGAAAAAACAGGUCACAAGUCAGGCCUGGGGGCUCGUUUGAAAGAACAGUGGGGAACACUUCCAGAAGGGAAGAGGUUUUGGAUACCAGCUGCCGCGGGUGACCGAGGGCUUCAGAGACACGCACCGUUUUGACAGACACUUGGGGACGGGAGCAGACCGGCCCAGGCCCUGAGACCGUAUCACAUGUGCUCUCUGCUGUCGGUGGGCAGAGGCCACCACCAGGGCUGUGGGCCGGGAGUGCCGCCCCCUGCUUGGGGAAGAGGAGGCAGGAGGCCCACAGCCCGCCCGACUCCCACAGUGGGUGAUGGAGCCGCACUCAGACCUUUUCUCUGGGGUCUGAGGCCUCCCCGGGCCCCUCUGCCCCGCCCCGGCUCCCAGGCCCCUGGCCCACGACGCCCCAGACCCAGCUUACCAGGGGCCGCUGCUGCAUGCAGCCUCCAGGGUGCCCGGACUCCGGAUGAUCGGAGGCCAGUGCCGAGGCCCUGCUCGCUCUGCGGUGCUCCCCGCGGCCGAGCGGGGCCCAGGGUGCUGCGCUGGGGGGUAGGGGGCAGUUUCCAAGGGGGCCGUGCCCGAGGAGGACCGGCGCCUCUUGGCGGGGACCCUGACCACGGAGCUGUGUCUGUUGCGCAGGUGACACGAGGGCUUUAAGGUGUGUCACAAGGGCUUGAGAACAAAGAGUGUUCUUUUCUCGUCAGGCUCCUCGGAAUGUCUCUGUGAUGCUGUUUGGUUCUAGAAAUAGAAUCACUUUUUUACUGCAAUAAAGGAAGGAUAACUGGUGGUCUUGCA